AUGGAGAAAGGACCUGAAUCUAGUAGGCAAUACCCUCUAUCAAGUUUGUUGAACUAUGACAAGUUGUCUCUUACACAGAGGAAAUACACAUUGGCCCUAUCUACCAUCUAUGAGCCUAAAUCUUUUGCCAAGGCAUCUCAACACCCAGAUUGGUGUCAAGCCAUGGAUACAAAGUAUCAGGCUCUACUUUUCAACAACACUUGGGACUUUAAGCUCAAAUCAGAUGGCACAAAGGAAAGGAAGAAGGUAGGGCUUGUGGCUAAGGGCUUCACCCAACAGGCUGGUUUGGAUUAUGAAGAAACAGUUUCACCUAUUACCAAGCUAGUUACAGUGAAAACUCUUCUGGCUGUUGCAGCACAAAAAUAG